UAACUUGAUUGAACCCACUCCAACCACUAGAUGAAAAUCUUGCAACUAUACUGCCCAUGGUCAAGAACCGUUCACAAAUUCAACAAAUAUGUCUGUAUAAAACCGAGUUUAUAGUUCUAAAAAUCUGGAAUCUUUAACCAAGAAAUGGCAGGUGUGUAUCAAAUUUCUGCUCUCAUUAUCCUUAACUUCAUCUUCUUCACUUGUGUCUCAUCCCAUUAUGUGCCAUGCCCGCCAAAGAGCACUCCGUUGCCUCCGUCCACCACCCCGACAAAGCCUGUUAAGUGCCCCAAAGACACCCUUAAGUUCGGCGUUUGUGGCGACUGGCUUGGAUUGGUCCAUGAGGUUGUCGGGGUGAAGCCGAGCACCAAAUGUUGUGCCCUUGUGGAGGGGCUGGCUGACCUUGAGGCUGCAUUGUGCUUGUGCACCGCAAUAAAGGCCAAUGUUCUAGGAGUCAUAAAAGUUGAAAUACCAGUCGCAUUAAGUUUGCUUAUCAACUCAUGCGGCAAGAAGGUGCCUGAAGGAUUUGUUUGCUGAUCAUAAGGAUUUGUUUCCUGCACAUGUUAUUUGACUGUCUUGUAAUGUACUUUUGAUUUUGAUGCUACUUGUAUUCAAUAAGUUUGAAUAAAGAAUGGUCCAGGAAGUAUGUUCAGCACAUUAA